CACCAAGCGUUUAAAAAAUCUGCCCGAGAAACUCCUAGACGAAGACCCCCACAUGGAUACUCUUGUCUGAAGGAAAACAAUAUUAAACUGGCAAGAGACCACUCCAUCUUAUUCUUGCUUUAAACACAAUUAUUGGCAAUUCCUUGCUCCCAUCACGAUUCAGCCCCCACCAACAUUAAAUCAAAAGGCAAUCAGAUAACAAAGGAACCCUACCACCACUGAAAUCAAUUUUUCCAUAGAGCUUUGAAGCUUAUCUCUUACUCCCUUCUCCGAAUAGUAAAUGCAUCUUUUCAAUGUCGUUAUCACAUAACAUACCGACUUGACAGCAUUGAACACUACAAAUGUCCCUCUCGGUAACUUGUGCCCACCAUUAUAGAAAUAUAUUGUUUACCUUAGAUACGCUGAAGAAGAAAAGCAUUGAAACAGAUAGUUAUUGUGAAUAAGAAUCAUUUACUGGUGAUCCUAUCUGCAGAGAUGGAUGGCUUGCUAUCAACAAAGGGAUCCAACUGUAAUCAAAAUCACUUAAAAAAUGGACACUUCUGCAUGUUCACAUUUAUCUACAAAGGCGAGUAGAUCCACCCAUCAUCUACGUAAAUAAACCCGAAUCUUAGAACCUUUAUACUGAAGACAGAUAAUUUUAUAUGUUUACGUGAUAUAAGAAGCACUGAAGGCAGAAUCAACUGAUUUUAAGAUCAUAUGAGUUUGACGACUGAUUGAAUUAUUGUUGAUUGUCAACCAUGAGUUUCCUUCGUUAAUCCAAAAGAGAACCAUGUAAAGUUGGCUUGGCUUGAGGAGUGAAAAGGUAAAGAAGGUGGAAGAAAGUGGGGAAUCCUAAGCUUGACAAGGGCAACGGUCAAAUGACAUAAGCAUUGCCCCAUGAUACACCAAGCCACUAGUGGGGUUGCUGAAUUGAGACCAAAUAAACUCAACUUCAUUUCCAUUGUUAAAUCCAUCUCCGUUUGUUUCCCCUCUCCUACUUCGGUCUACACCUCCAAGUCUGCUGCAAUUCUUCCACCCUUUCCCUAUUCAUCUCCCCUCCACACACCUCUAAGAAAGUUCAGAUUGGUGAAGAUAUGAUCUUCCAGGAAGAAGCAAUUGAAAUAAAAACCCUCAAACAUCAAAAUGAGAUUUUGAACGGCAACAAUAGCAAUGAAGGGUAUGAUGAUAACAAUCCAGGAGAGUGGCUGAAUCUGAGCCUAGGUGGAAAUUCACCCUCAACAGCAGGAGACUAUGACUCACAAUCAAGACCUACUUCUAGCAAGGUUUUCUCAUGUAACUUCUGUAGAAGGAAGUUCUUCAGCUCACAGGCACUCGGGGGUCAUCAGAACGCCCACAAAAGGGAGAGGGGUGCAGCGAGAAGAUACCACUCCCAGAGGAUGAUGACAAUAAUGGGUUUGCCAGUGAAUUCUCCGAUGGCUAGAUCACUUGGGGUCAGGCCCCACACCCUUGUGCACAAGCCAAAUAAAGAUGGAACGGCUAUUGCAGGGAGAUUUAAUGAAGCCAGUUCAGGAUUUGAUAUGUCAUGGAUGCCCUUCACAGUUGAUGAUACAACGGAUUUGACAUGGCCAGGCAGCUUUCGCUUGGAUCCACAACCACCAGAGACAUCAUCAGAGUCACUCAAGCUUGACUUGAACCUUCGACUCUAAUCAAUCCCUUUGUUGUGGUUCCAAAUUUUCUUCUCGCAGAACAGUUUUUGACGAACCAUCUAAUACAGAAACUAACACAGGUGGGCAACCAACCUUAUGAAGUGUUAAAAAUCAUACAGAUUCUGCCUGGUUCUAGAAGAAACAUGGAAAAUGCUCUGCCAAGUGUGCACGUCAUGUACGAGAAACCUAGAAAAUACCCCAACUCUUCAGUUCAAUUUCUGGAAAAAUAAAUGCCAGAUAACCAUAUUUAUAUGGCAGCUAACUAUAGGGAUUCCUUCAAUCCUAAUCAUCAACUUCCAGUUUUGAGCCACUGUACAUUUCUUUUCUAAGUGAUAAUGAAGUUUUUUUGGUACAAUAAUCAUACCAUUUCACGCCAUUAGUUAUUAAGCUAUCAUUUUUAAAAAUAAUGAUAAAGCAGUUUAACAUUA